GGAAGAGGCGUCGAGGGGGACAUGCAGGAAGCCUUCUCCUACUUGUCGUUUGCGGCUGAAAGGGGCAGCGCCAUCGCUCAGUUCCGGCUCGGAGCCAUUCACUCGCAGCGCUCCUCCAGGUUCUACGACCCCGAGGAGUCGAUCCGAUGGUUCAAGGCAGCAGCUGAGAACGGGCACAGACAGGCGCAGCUGUCGUACGCCAUCGCCCUGCUGAGCGGAAUGAACGUGAAGAAGAACAUGGCGCUUGCGGUCGAGAUGCUGGAGAGAAGCGCGGAACAAGGGUAUGCUGUCGCCGAGUACAACCUCGGGGUCCUCUUUCUGCACGGCGAUGGGGUGGAGCAGCGGGAGGAAGAGGCGGUUCGGUGGUUGACAGCUGCUGCACAGGGAGGGUCAGUAGAAGGCUGGUUCCUCCUAGGGAUGUGCUACGAGCUGGGAAGGGGGACCGAGUGCGACGGGGAGAAAGCGUUUGAGUGCUACGAGAGGAGUGCGGACGGGGGGUGGUCGAGCGCGCUCAUCGCGCUGGGAUCUUGCUAUGAGUUCGGAAAGGGGGUCAUGCGGUCGGAAGCAGAAGCGUUCAGGCUGUACGAGGAAGCAGCCGAUGUCAACGUGAGGGCCAUCGCUCAGCUCGCUCGCUGCUACCAGGAUGGCGUGGGGGUGGAGAAGAACCUGACCAAGGCCGUCGAGCUCAACAUGAUCGCAGCUGAUGCUGACGUCAAGGCCAAUGUGAACCUGGGGAUCGCGUACCAGUACGGCAUCGGGGUCCCCAGGAGCGACGAGGAGGCGUUCCUGUGGUUCGAACGAGCAGCGGAGCAGGGCGACGCGGACGGGAUGAUGAACGUGGCGCUAUGUUACAGCUCGGGGAGGGGAGUGAAAGAAGACGCGGCCAAGUGCGUGAUGCAAUCUCUCGUGACUGACACGUGA